GUAAUGGAAUCGAUUAGUCAAUUUAAAGGAAUGCAAUUAUGCAAUUUAAAGGAAUGACAAAGUUUGUAAAACUUCUAUACAUUUUUCAAAAUGACUUUAAUUAAAACUUCCUAAGGAGCUCUGACUUGAAAAUUUUAAAUUCUCGAUCAAGACACAGGGUGGCGCUGCAGGCUAAGACUAUAAACCCAAAAAGCCGCAAUAAAUUCACCUAUUCCUUUGUGUUGCGGGACAUAAUAAAAACAGCACAAGAAGCGUUGAAAGCCAUUACGGAUUAUCAACGGGUGUAUGAAGAGAUAUACUAAACGAAUUUAAUAGUAAAAGCAAUAUCGUGGCGAUUCCUACCAGCAAAAAAUUAGAAUUGAAUGUUGCAAGCCUUCGCCCCCCGCCUGUUUUUUUCGAUCGCUGAAGGAAUUGGAUAGAAACACCCGUACUCGAGUAUGGAGAAGCUAGGCAGAAUUCAUCCAAGCAGGCAAGUAAGGGCUUUUAUUUUCAUGAUGUUUUUAUCUCGGGUUUGCCUGGAGCCUGUUUGUUAUUCUGUGCCAGAGGAAACUGAGGGAGGCGCCUUUGUAGCCCAUCUGACCAAGGAUCUGGGACUAGGAACAGGGGAACUGGCUGACCGGUCUGCCCAGGUGGUGUUUGACGAUGAUAAGCAGCAUUUGUUGCUGGAUCCUCAGACUGGAGAUUUGCUGCUAAGGGAGACAUUAGACCGAGAAGAGCUAUGUGGCCCUAUUGAACCCUGUGUGCUGCAUUUCCAAGUGUUCCUCGAAAUGCCAGUGCAAUUUUUUCAAGGAGAAUUAUGGAUCCAGGAUAUUAAUGACCAUUCCCCAGUGUUCUCUGAUAGGGAAGUGCUCUUGAAAAUACCUGAAAACAGCCAGCCAGGGACUGUAUUUCCCCUGAAAUUAGCUGAGGAUUUGGAUGUGGGCAGCAAUGGGCUUCAUAAAUAUACAGUCAGUCCUAAUUCUCAUUUUCACGUUCUCACUCGAAAUCAUAGUGAGGGCAAGAAAUUCCCAGACUUGGUACAGGACAAGCCGCUGGAUCGGGAGGAACAGGCUGAGUACAGCUUAAGCCUCAUGGCUCUGGACGGUGGGUCUCCACCGCGGUCCGGCUCUGUCAUGGUUCAAAUCCUGAUCAUGGAUGUCAAUGACAAUGCUCCUGAGUUUGUGCACACCCCAUAUGAGGUGCAGGUCCUGGAGAACUGCCCCUUAAAUUCUCCAAUCCUCGGCGUCUCAGCUAGAGAUAUGGAUGCUGGGAAUUUUGGGAGUGUCUCCUAUGGCUUGUUCCAACCAUCAGAUGAAAUUAAACAAACUUUCUCAAUAAAUGAAGUCACGGGAGAAAUCCGACUGAAAAAGAAACUGGAUUUUGAAAAAAUUAAGUCUUACCACGUGGAAAUUGAAGCCACGGAUGGAGGAGGCCUUUCUGGGAAAGGUACAGUAGUCAUGGAGGUGGUAGAUGUGAAUGACAAUGCCCCUGAACUUACAGUAACUUCACUCAUCAGCCUCAUUCCAGAAAACUCUCCUGAGACAGUAGUCUCCAUCUUCAAAAUUCGAGACAGAGAUUCUGGGGACAAUGCAAAGAUGAUUUGCUCUAUUCCAGACAAUCUUCCAUUCAUUCUAAAACAGACUUUCAAGAACUUUUACACCCUGGAAACUGAAAGCCCACUGGAUCGAGAGACCAGAUCUGAGUACAGCAUCACCAUCACGGUCACCGACUUGGGAACACCCAGGCUCAAAACCCAGCACAACAUAACCGUGCAGGUCUCCGACGUCAACGACAACGCCCCGACCUUCACCCAAACCUCCUACACCCUGUGGGUCCCCGAGAACAACAGCCCCGCCCUGCACAUCGGCACCAUCAGCGCCACAGACAGAGACUCAGGCACCAAUGCCCAGGCCGACCCGCUCACCGUCCACCUGGUCAUCGCGCUGGCCUCGGUGUCCUCGCUCUUCCUCUUCUCGGUGCUGCUCUUCGUGGCGCUGCGGCUGUUCAGGAGGAGCGGGCCGGCCGCGCUGGGUCGGGGCUCGGCGCCCGAGGGCCCCUUCCCGGGCCCCCUGGGGGACGUCAGCGGCACGGGGACCCUGUCCCACAGCUACCGCUAUGAGGUGUGUCUCACUGGAGGCCCUGGGACUGGUGAGUUCAAAUUCCUCAAGCCUCUCUUCCCCAACCUUGUGGUUCAUGACACUGGACAAGAAGUUAGAGAAAAUCCCAACCUUGGGACCAGCUUUGUAUUCAGCUAAGUAUUGUAUUUGGCUCAAUGAAUCUCCCAUUAAUUUUCACAAAGUGCCAAGUGCAAUCCCUUCCUUUUAAUAAAUAAUAUUAUUCUCUAAAUAUCCUUAGUACUGUUGAAAACCUGUGCAUAUCUCUGACAGCACUAAAUUUGUUCCUGUUUUACUGGUAUCAGUUGCACUUACCAUUUUCAGUUAUACUGAUAAGUAUGUAUUUUGUCAAUAUUUGAUCUUUUGGUGAUUAUCUUUCCAUAACUGUAAGUAACUCACAUAUAUAAAAUUUUUAUUGUAAUGGACUUGUAAUGGUUUUAUUAAACAUUUUAAAGCUUCAGUGAAACUUUGAGUAUUUAAAUAUUCUGGUGACCCCCUCCUACUGGGAAUUGAAUUCAGUAUUUUCCCACUGAAAUCCCCAGGCGUCUUUUACUUUGUAUUUUAAAACAGAGUCUUGCUGAAUCACUGAAUUUCCCAGGCUGGCCUCCAAAGUGCAAUCCUGCUGCCUCAACCUCCCAAAGUGUCCUGGUACCUUUAGAAUUUUAUCAGGGACAGAGUGUUCCAAAAUUUUAUUAUUACUUUGGCCUUUCUGGUUUAUUGUUUACCAGUUUAAGGCCCCUGAGUAGCUAAGAACAUAAAACCUAGCAUACUUGUUUUUCCAAACUGUAUAUAAACAUGCACUUCGUUAAUAUCAAUACACAAAAAUUGUGAUGUUUUUCUUGUGGUGAGCUUCAUUUAUGCUAGGAAUUCAUUUUUUAAUUGCUACCAACC